CAUUGACGACAGUGGCCUAAUGGCCGUACGCUUAGAGGACGGCUGUAUAUUUUUACAUGGAGCUUUUAAAUAUUUCGUACUUUUUGGCUAAUUAAAACAUACGGAUAUGACACCGAAUAAAAUUAGAUCUUGAUAUAAUCUAGACUAUAGAGAUCUAUUCUAUACUCUAGUCUAUAGUGACUAUAAUCUAAGCAAGAGCAUAAGAAUGAUACCUGCUUCUUCAGUCACACAGAGUCUUCUACUAAUGAUUGUAUGAAACUAUUCACUUGAAGUAGAUCUAUGAUAUUCUAUAGAUCUAAAUCUAGGACUAUAAUAAACUCCUCUUGAUAAGUAAUUAUGGCAUCUGGGACAAAAAUGUCAUUUAAUGCUUAUCAAAGUGGCAAACUUGGCACUUUGCCUCAAGCUUCUCAAAAGGAGCUUGAGGUUUCUCAAGAUAUGCACCUAAAGAUGUCGAAAAAGAUUGCCCAGUUAACCAAGGUCAUCUAUGCUUUAAAUACCAAAAAUGAUGAACACGAGCAGGUACUGCAGACACUGCGAGACCAACAUGAGGAAGAAAUACAGACAAUCUUGGCCGAUUCCCACAAAAAAAUGCAAGUGUAUAAGAAUCGUUUAGAAGAAGAGUUUAGUCAUAAAGAAACUAUAGAGGCUCUACAUGCAAAGAUAGAGGAAUACAGGCAGAAACAUGAGACUAUGGAGGAAAAGUUUUUAGCAUUUAAGGCAAAAACACUUGAACUUCAAGACAAAGAAAGAGAGUCUUAUGCCAACAGGUUAUUUGACAUGUCACAUGAGGUGCUCCUUGCCAAAAAAGACUUUGAGGAGCACCUUAAAAUGUUUUCUUCUUGGAAAGAGAGAAUAGUAGCUGAGCAUUCUGUGACAUUGGCUGAACUGAACAGCAAGCAUCAGAAAGAGGUUGAAGAUAUAAGAAGUUUUCAACGAAAUCAAGAUGACACUUGGCUGAAUCAGUGCGCCAAGAUAGAGGAAAAAUUCAAAAGCCAGAUUGAAAGUCUGCAAACUCAUGUGGACGAGUUGAAACAUGAAAAGAUAGCCCUAGAAGAUGACUAUAUUGGCAAACUUGAAAAAGCUCAGGCAUUUUACGAAAAAGAGCUUGAGGCUUUGAAAAAUAGUCAGUCAGAAGGACAUAGCAAAGAACUGGAAAACUUAAGGAAAGAAAUUGACAGAUUGAAAAUAGAUUUUGGCGCAAAUGAAAAAGAGCUGAGAAAACAAAUAGAUAGACUGGUAAGACAGUUAGCAGACACUGAAGAUAAUUUGGAACUUUCAAAGAAACAAGUGGAGUCACUUCAAGCUGAGAUUUCUGGUAGAGAUUCUUCUUCAAGUGAACUUUCUAAACAGAUACAAGAAUUGAAACAAGAUCUAAAGCAAAAGUCAUCUAGUUUACAAAAUAUUGAAACUGAACUGGCAGGGUCUAAACAGCAUUGUUCUAAUCUUGCUGACGAACUUUUGAAAAAAUCAACAAUCUUAGGGGAACUUGAAGCACAUAAGCUACAGAAAGAAGAUAUAAUCAAAGCCUUGCAAGAAGAACUAGAGAAGUUAAAAGAACGACUCACAAGACUUGAUGCCGAAAGAUCAUCUUUGCAGUCUCAUGCCCAGUCACUCUCUCUGGAACAAAACAGUCAGUUAAAGAACCUUCGUCAGGCUUUAGAGGACAUGACAGUAGAAAAAGAAACACUAAAACAAUGGUCAGACAAACAGAUUCAGUCUUUAAGAGAUGAGCUCGUAAGGCAAGAAAAUGCUUUGACGAAGGACUUCAACAGGAGGGUGGAAGAUACCUUUGCCAAACACACAGUUGCACUAGAGGGACAGAAAAAAACAGCAGCUGAAGAGUUGCUUAUGAAAGAAAAUAAACUAAAAGAGCAACACCAGACAGAAUUACAACGUGUUGUACAUGACAAAGACAAUCUUCAAAAAGAGCUUGAUAGAUUGAAAGCUGAUCUUGGUUCAAAGUUGACAUCAGCAGAACAGGAGGUGACAAGACUGGAGAAACUUGUUAAAGAUAGUGAAGAGGGCCUUGGGUCAGCAUCUGGUCAGUUAGAAAACUUGAAAACUGCUGCUGCACAACUUAGAUCAGAGUUGGAUAAGACACGAAAUGAUCUUAGAAUAUCAAAGGCUUCAGAAGUCAGCUUACAGGAUGAUCUGGACAAGCUACGCAGUCUCCAUAACAACAAGAUGGCAGAAAUGGCAGCAGAGCUUCAGAACAAGUUGAAGGCGUUGUCUGAAGAGCUGGACUCCAAAUGGUCAGAAACUAUGAGAGUAGAGUGUGGUCAUCUAAGACAAGAGCUGACCGCCCAGAAGGAAGACGAGAAGAAAGCAGCAUUAAACCAGCUGACACAGUUGAAGAAUGAAGAGAUAGCCACAAUCAGAGCUGACCUGAACGCUAGAAUAUCGCAACUCCAAAAAAAGAUGGAAGAACUCCAAGUUCAGUUUGACAGCACCAAGUCUAUUCACGAUGCUGACUUUGCCAAGUGGAAGUUUGAAAGAGAUGAAGAGAAAGAGCGACUGAGCCGUGAGAUGCUGGAGGCAGCAAGAGAGUACUCAAACAAAAUCUCUAUCAUGAAGGAAGUUCAUGAGGAAGAGAUGAAGAAACUCAAGUCCCAGCUGGAACAGGAAAAGAUGAGCCUUGAGGCAGAACUCAGGAAGCGCCACAUGGAAGAAGUCCAGGCUCAGCUGUCUGCACAUAAAGCUGCAAUGAACCAGAAAGACCAGCUCGCCAAACAGGAAAUGCAAACCUCUCUGGACAGUCUCAAAGACAAGCAUGUGCAAGAACUAGAACGUUUCCAAGCUCAGUUGGAACAGGAGAAACUUUUCGAGUUGAAGAAUUUAAAAGAUGUGCAUCAGAAUGAGCUAACUGCUGCCAGGAUGGAGCUGGACAGAGCUGUGGAGAUCUCCAAACAAAAGGAAAAAGAUCACCAGCUCCAAUCAGAAGAGCUGAAGACAGAGAUUGGCUACAGAGAGCAGCACAUCAAAAACCUUCAGGAUCAGUUGAUGAAGGUCCAGGAGCAGACGUCAAAGCUGAAACAAGAAAUAGACAGCAAGCUGAUGGAGAUCAAACAAAUCCAGAAACAAGCAGCACUUCAGUUGAGGUUACAGGAAGAUAAGUUUAAAGGUCAGCACCAGGUGUUAGUGGAUAACAUGACUGCAGACCAUUUGAGAGAACAGCAAGAAAUGUUGAGCCAGUUUAAUACAGCCCAGUCUAUGAUGAAAGAUAAAAUCUCUCUCUUACAGAUUGAAUUGGAAGAAGCCAAUGAUCGUUACACCCGCCGUGAAUCCAGACCUGAAGAUUUAGAGCUCAUUGAUUCACUCAGGUGUGAAGUUUCUGAACGUGAGAUUAGAAUCAAAGAUUUGAUUGAAGAGAAAAGGUUUUACCAGCUGGAACUUGUCAAUCGAGAGACCAACUUUAACAAAGUCUUCAAUGCCACACCCAAUGUUGGUGUCUUGAACCCAUUUCAAAAACCCAAGAAGAAAGUGGAGAAAGCCUUUGGUAGUGGGAUCAGCGCAACUCAACGUUUGGACCCUUUGCCUGGCUCACCACUGCAUGAUGGACAGUUGAACCCAGCCAAGCCCCUACCACCUCCUACCACCUUCACCAAGAAAUUUCUUAGAUAACUUUCUCUUUUUUUUUUAAAUGUUAAAUUGAGUUUGUUGAUGCAAGCAGGAAGUAAUAUAUCAUUAUGUAGAGCUGAACUGAUAAUAGUCAAGUCUACUUUCUUGUUUGUUGUGGGAUUCAAAAUGAUUACAAAAUAUUGCAACUAUUUGACUGUAAUUGUUGCAAGUCUUAUACUGGGAAGCUGUGUUGUGAUAUAAAAAUUAGUGUAAAUUUUUAUGUGACCUGAUACUGAUAGUUUUAUUUUAUCAGCCUUUGGCAAUGUAUACAAUUAGCAAGUUACUGUGAUGUUGUACAGUUGUUUUUUUUACUGCUGACUUGACAUUAUACUCUCCUAUCCAGUAUACAUUUUACUUAGCAACCAAUGACAAGUACAGUCCUUUGCAUGUCUUUAUAUUUAGCUAGCCAGGAAAACCAGUGACUUGGCAGAAUUUAGGUCAUUGGUUAAUAUGCACGACUAAAUGCAUGCAUGAUGUGUAGGACGUAAUCAUCUUCUUUUUUGAAGUACCAUCUGUAUUAUAUAAGAUAAGAUAAGAAGAAGAUUUAUUAUCUAAGAAUUACUGCAUGUUGAGUUAGUAAUAAUAAAACAUUACUGAACAAA